GCUGCUGAAAUUAGCUCGAACACAUUAUUAUAUUUUUUUUUUCUAAAAAAAUCACAGGAGAAAAUACGAAGAACAUACCUGAAAGCUGAGAAAAUACUGCAGCUAAGAGAGAGACUCCAGCUUCAAUCCCAAAUACGAAACCAACAAAAUCAAGCUUUAUCUUUUUUCUUCAUCCUUCUCUGUAUCUCUUCCCUUCCCAUCUUUUUAAACUCUUAGGGUCUCUGCUUUCAUCCUCUUAUGGAUCCAUUCAAUUUGGUUCGCAAAGGAUUUGGCUGAAAUCUUCUGGAACUCAAAGCGUGUCUUGUGUCAGAGUGUCAAUCUACUUUAUGUAUGUAGAAUCUUCAUUUGUUUCAGUAAAGAAUGAGCUUAUCCAAGAAAGGGAUCCAAAUCAGUGAUACAAAGAUAAAUACCUCAAGCAAGGUAACAACUUUAAACCCAAAUGCGGCAGAGUUUGUUCCUUUUGCCCUUAGGUCAUCAUCUGCAUCUGGAAGCACUAGUGUGGCAGAUGUGACCCCAAAGUUUCCUCCUUUUGGGACUGUUGGAAAAACAGUGCUUGAUCGAUCCGAGUCAUCGGUUUCAAACAACUCUGAUGACGAGGCCCACCAAUAUUGGCGUAGCCAGCUCCCGGAUGACAUUACCCCAGAUUUUGAGAUCAUGAAUGAGGAUGAUUCUCAAGGAAUUGGAAGCCUUUCUUUGUCAGGUUUGUCAUUGCUCGACAAUAAUGAAACUUCGAGGUCUCCUGCUUCCAGUUUUUUUUCCUCUGCGGGUGGUGGAUACGUAUUUAGUGAGCAGCUGGAAUUGUCUCCACAAAAUCUCAGUGGUGGCAGUGGCUUUUCUGAGAAGAUGAGAUACUCUGCUUCAUCCUAUUCAGAGGAUCCUACUCUUGCUAGUUAUAUGCAUUUACCAGCUGAGCCUCGUGACACACAACUUGUGAGCAGUGAUCAGCUUCUUGGCAAUGGUAGGGAGGGAAAUCCUUUUGAUGUGACCAAAUAUGGGUUCACAAAUGAUAUGUUUGCUGAUCAAACUUUGCUAGAUAAUUCUGGCAUGAAUCCUCUUGAUUUUUUGGCUUCACAAUUUCCUGAAUUUUCUGUUGAAAGCCUUGAGGAAGUUUAUUUUGCCAAUGCUGGUGACUUAAACUUAACUCUUGAGAUGCUCACUCAGCUUGAGCCUCAGGUUGAUGGUGGUUUCAGUCAGAAUCUGAAUUCAAAGGCCUUGUCAGCUCCUAAUCUCAGUGCACUGGACUUUCCUUCACUUACAGUAUCAAAUGAUCAGAAUGGUCAUCCAAAAUAUGCAGGAGAUGAUCUUCAGCAAAGCACUAAUCCUUAUCAGUUUUCUGACAAAAACAACAUACUUAUGCUCAAAUCUGGUUCCUCCCUUCCAUUUAGUGGUCCCCUAAAUUUUGCAUCAGCUGUCAAGAAGUUAGCAUCCCAGGAUUCUGGUACAUGGAAGUAUGAUAAAAAUGGUUCUGCUGAUUUGACUGUUGGCUCAAGUAGAAGUUCUCAUCUUUUGGCCAAUUCAUAUAAUACUGGACAUGGGAGAGGUGUUUAUGCUGAUAGGUUGCAAAUUCGUGGGUCGGAACGAACAGCUCCUGUUUGGCUUGAAACUGGGGACGCAGUGGCAAAUAUGUAUUCUGAACUUCGUGAAGAGGCCCGCGGCUAUGCACGACUGCGUAAUGUGUACUUGGAACAGGCACAGCAAGCGUAUCUUAUUGGCAAUAAAGCUCUAGCAAAGGAGCUGAGUGUGAAAGGACAGCUACAUAAUGUGCAUAUGAAGGCAGCCCAUGGAAAAGCUCAGGAAUCUAUUUAUCGCCAGAGGUUUGUAAUUUCUUGCUGCUUAUGUUUCGUCUUGAUCAUGAGAAGCAGAUUUUCUUGACCAAAUGGUUAAUAGGUUCUCCUCUACCCACCAUCUUGGUUCCCUUGUUAUUAAUGUUCCUAGUUAUUGGUAUUUGACAUCUCUUAUUGUUCAAUGAGAUGAGAGAAAUGUUAGUUUGCUGAAUGAUCGAUCACUAUAUGCCAUGCACAUAAUACUUGCACCACAGUUUGACUUAGUACGAUUGUCCUGAUUAUUUGUGGUUUUAUCUUUGAUAGACUAAAUGCUGUUUUGAUAUCUUUGAUUGUGUCCAUGUUCUACUUCUCAGAAACCCAGUUGGGCCAGAAAAUGUGAGAGGGCCUGAGAGGAUGAUAGACUUACAUGGUUUGCAUGUCAGUGAAGCCAUCAGUGUGCUGAAGCAUGAGCUGUCUGUGCUUAGGAGCACAGCACGGGCAGCAGAUCAGCGACUGCAAGUUUAUGUAUGUGUUGGAACUGGUCACCACACUAGGGGAUCCCGCACUCCAGCAAGACUUCCAGUUGCUGUACAGCGGUAUCUGCUUGAAGAGGAGGGCCUUGACUACUCAGAACCACAGCCAGGGCUUCUCCGUGUUGUUAUAUAUUGAAGCAAGGACAUGACAGUAGUUUUUGAUACAACAUUCAUCAAGUCAUGGUCUUCUUAAUCAUUCUUGUACCUGUACAUGGGAGGAAAUGGAAGAGAAAGUAGUUGAAGUUUGAGAAAAUCUAAAAAAGAGAAGGAAAAGAGCGAAAAAAAAAAAGAGUAAAAAAAAGAAAAGAGGUUUCACAGGCACAGGAUAGCAAGGUGGGAAGAAAAAAGGGUAUAUCACUAGGGUUUAGCAAGUUGACAGCGGCAUUACAUUUUGGUAGCAGGAGCCAGACUCAGCCCUACGACAGCCCGAUCUUUUUUAUUUGUUCAAUUUGUACCUUUAACUUUUACUCUGUUAACAAUCUUUUUUUACAUCCUGUUAAUCCCCAGAUGUAACUCUUGAUAGAAUUCAAUUACAUGAUAGUAUAGUACCCCCAUUCAUGA